CUGGAGCUUUGAAUGCAGCUCCACGCCUUCAUCAUCAAUCUCCACCAUGCGCCUGCUCUUCUGACUCGAAAAUACCCAGACUUCCUCCUUCCAACAUCCAGGCCUAAUUUAAACCGAUACCCUACAUCCCAAAAUGGCGUCCCGCCCAAUCCUUCUGCGAUUCGAGAGCAGGAACGGCCAAUUUCGAUUCACAGUGAACCCCCAAGACCAGUUCCCCUCUCUUCAAGAAAAGAUCGUCGAACAUCUUCCCUUAGAGGUGGACCCCUCAUCUAUUACCCUGUCUAAUAAACCGAUCGGCACUGGUGGGGAAGAGCGAAACCUAGAAGCUUUGGCUGGAGUUGCCAUAGCACAGGUUGGUCUCAAGCAUGGCGAUAAGCUCUUCAUCGGGUAUCAAGAACGAGCUGCUCAACAGAACGGCACCACCAAUGGCCAUGCACCUACCCCUUCCGAACAUCGAUUAAAUGGCGCCCCAGUUCCUCAAAAACAGACCGUUCCGAUCCGCCCGCUGGCUACAUCGCCAACACUCAAUAUCUCAAAUCCGUGGGACGUGGUGCAGCAGUCCCCACUAGACGAUCUCCUCGAUAAGAAAGAUGGCAAGAUCAAGCGAAACAAGGACCAGCGGAUGUGUAAGCAUGGCCCUAAGGGAAUGUGCGAUUACUGCAUGCCUCUGGAGCCUUACGACGCCAAAUAUCUUGCAGAGAAGAAGAUUAAGCACCUCUCCUUCCACUCAUACCUUCGCAAAAUCAAUGCUGCAACCAACAAGCCAGAGAUGAAAAGUUCAUACAUGCCGCCACUUAGUGAGCCGUACUACCGGGUACAGCGCGACUGUCCAUCCGGGCACCCUCAAUGGCCAGAGGGCAUUUGCACAAAGUGCCAGCCCAGUGCCAUCAGCCUACAACCUCAAGAGUUCCGCAUGGUCGAUCACGUGGAAUUCUCUUCUCCGGAUUUGAUUAACUCGCUGUUGGACUUUUGGCGCAAGUCAGGUGCUCAACGACUAGGAUUCCUUUAUGGAACGUACGAGGAGUACACCGAGGUGCCUCUGGGCGUGAAGGCCGUCGUCCAGGCAAUCUACGAGCCUCCACAAAAUGGCGAGAUUGACGGCGUUACACUCCGCGAUUGGCAUAAUGAGCAGGAGGUGGACGAAGUUGCUCAGCUCUGUGGCCUGCAGAAAGUAGGAGUUAUUUUCACAGAUCUCCUUGACGCGGGCCGUGGGGAUGGCUCGGUGGUCUGCAAACGACACAUCGAUUCGUACUUCCUUUCGUCUCUUGAAGUUGCAUUCGCUUCCCGUCUCCAAGCUCAAUACCCCAAGGCCACGAAAUGGAGCCGGACAGGACGUUUCGGCUCCGACUUUGUCACAUGUGUGCUGAGUGGAGACGAGACUGGAGCUAUUGCCGUGAGUUCCUACCAGGCGACGGUAUCGGCAGUAGAGAUGGUGCGAGCCGACAUCGUAGAACCCUCUGCAGAGCCCUCUGUCAUGCUCGUUCAGUCCGAGAACGACGAGGAUGUGGGCAGCAAGACACGAUACAUCCCCGAGGUUUUCUUCCGUCGCAUCAAUGAAUAUGGUGUCAGCGUUCAGGAGAACGCCAAACCAAGUUUCCCCGUUGAUUACCUCCUAGUCACACUGACACACGGUUUCCCCACCGAGUCAGCACCCCUUUUCACCGACAGCAAAUUCCCCAUUGAGAAUCGCGAGGUCAUCGGCGAAAGCCAGGAACUGCGACAUGUUGCUCAAAAGUUGAUGUCACAUGGAGACCCCGACAAGGCUAUUCAGGGCCUAUCUGACUUCCAUCUCCUGUGCUUCUUGCAUGGAUUGUCUACGUUCAAUAAGGAUGAGGAAGCGCUCCUCGGCCGAGUUGCGACGACCCGAGCCCCCGCGGAUGGAAUGCAGCUGUUGAAUACCCCCGGCUGGGCAACCUUGAUGACAAUCCUUCAGGAGAGUGGGAACUAGUCUAGAGUGAUUGGUUCUAUUUCUUCAAAGCUAGAUCUUCUUCCGUUCUUUUCUCCGAUUCGGUCCGGCUCGCAUCAUGCUCGUCUUAGAGAUUUAGGAUGACAUCGGCAGUUUCGCAGACGGUAUCGCCCAGUCAUCGCAGGAAAUCAUUUUCUUUGUGUUUCGAGGUGCAUUUUGGAUGGAGAUCUCUCGAUCAGUGGGUAUUGGUGGGUGCAGGAGAGAAGGAGGAAUAGAACAUCGGUCCCCUCGGCGUUCAGUUGGGCCUUUGGCAGGGGUCAUAUCUCAUACUUCAACAUCUAUUACGUUAUCGGUGGUUCGGUGGGUCUCUACAGUCUAGCAUUCAAUACAUGACGGAAACGUGCGCAAUAUCAUCAUAGUUCCUUGAGAGAAGAUUGAUUAAGUACAGCAUAUAACAAAUUAGCGCCGAACGACCACCCUCGUAUACUCGUCGCAUCAAAAUAUCCCAAACGUCGAAUCAUUAUGUUCACAAUUUUACCCGUUCAUGUAUCUAUAUCCCAAAAACCAAAUGAAAUAGAACGUAUGCAAACAUCAUGACCGAGGAAAACAUCAAGGCUGUUCAAAUGUACGGGCAGCCACCAAGCUAGGAUUUGAUUUUGCGACUUGCCCGAACAAUGUCCUUCAACCGACUUUCCAGAACCUGUCUUCCUUCCCCAUCAGUCCAAACCUCAUGUGGAGCAUCGUGAACAACGUCCCAGGCAAGUAACUUGUUCGUGAUCUGCGAGAGAUCCUCCUGUCUCUUCGCCCACUCUGGGUCUGCUCGCAUCUUGAGACCUGAGCUCACAACGACCAAUGGAGUCGUACCCAUCUGGAUAUGUCGAGCAGAUUGAACUUCCGCCGAAGUCAUGGUCACUGCCACGAGAUUCUCCUGUAGCUUUGCCUUGAUGAAUUUUCCAGUCUGAUAGGCGGAGCCUCCGAUGACUCGGUCUUCGCGGGUACGUCCUCGGAAGAGAGCACCCGCUAGACGAUCCAAACCCAAGGGUGACAAAAUACCGCGUAGCCACAGCAUGAAGCCUCGUUUGGGUUGGCCAAUGUCAGCGAGGUAUGCCUCGUGAAGUGGAUCAAUGAGGAAGAUGCCGCUGACUUCCAGUAAAUGGCGGCUAGCGAAAAGGCGAGAGUAAAGGCUGCCCACGCCAGCAGAGACGACGACCCAAGGUCCGGAUUCGCCGGCCAGAGCUAACGCUUCGGAUAAUACGUCUGCAGACAUGCCUGCUGAAUGGGGUGAGGGUGCAUUAUCAGACCAUCCGAAUCCGGGUCGGUCCCAGUAGCAGUAUCUGCUGAUAGCUCCGGAUUGAUACGCAUCGUCGAUGAAUGGUUGUAAAGUAUGUUCGACGGGGCCGUAGUCACCUUCGACAAGAAUAGUCGGCUCAUUGGAAUCUUCGGUGCGAUUCCCAACACAAGCUAAAUGGACUCGAUACGUGUCCCCGUGCACGGAGUAGCGUUUUCCAAUAGGCUGAAGUGAAGCAUCCCGAGCACGCAGGAUUAGCGUUGCCGUGAAUAAAAGAGUCACAAAAGCCAUCACUGCCAACAUGACUAUCUCAACAAGAACGGCAAGCCAUUCUCGGAGGGAGCGACGAGUCUCUUCACGACCAGUCAGUCGCUCCUCUUCCUCCCGUUUACCCCGUGUGACAACUUGAUUCUGAAGAAUCUGGUAGACGGAAAUGACAAGUGCCCACACGACGGACGCGAUACCAACCCAACCUUCUUCAAAGCGGAUCUGUGGGACGCCGACUAUGAUAGACAUAUCGAUCAACAGAAGGACCGCGAGGAUGAUCCCACAGACCGUCAUUGGUUUCGAGGGAACGACGAAGAACAGCAGACCGAGCACAAGGUAGCCGGCUGUCAAGGUAAUGUAGGAAAAGGCGAAGAAUCCAGAUCCCCGCGAGUGCAUCAGCGGUGGACUGACAAAUAUUGAUACCAGAAGGAACGUCCACCACACAAAGCUCGCAGCUAGUGCAAGAAGGGAAAGCCCUCGCAACGCUCGUACACUCCAUAGAUUGUAAGGGGAGAC